AUGCCCCCUACCUUGCCUCUCAUGCGAUUAGGCGCUGAUAGAUUCUCAAAGAUGCCCAGUCUCGUCAACGGUGUGUCGGUUGCGGACGUUAUAUCGUACAGAUCCCUCUACCUGGAAGAUAUCGUCGGUAAACUGUUCCCAAAAGUUUCCGAGAGGCUAUUCCACGAAGCCAUUCAUCGAGUCUCAAGGGACGCAUUUGGAGAACUCGAUCCAUCCUGGGGGCUUGAUCCAAAUCUUCCAGUCAAGACGGCCAACGUGGUCAUUUCAGAUACCAUUAUAGCCAACUUUCGAUCCAAAGCCGUGAAGCCCAUUCAAGGCAUCCGGCGGUUCAUUGGCGGGCGAAAGAUUGAGCUGAACUCUGGCGAGGUUGUCGAAGCUGAUACAGUCAUCUGCUGUACGGGAUAUAACAACGACUUCAGCCUCCUGGAAGAAGAAUUCGAUCCGGCCUCCAAUCCCUCACCCCGCUGGCUAAAAGCCCCUGGUUCCAAGAACCGGCCAUGCCCGCGGCUAUACCAAAACGUCUUCUCUCUCCAAGCACCAGACUUUUUGGCCUUUAUGGGCCUCGUCUUCUUCAUCAACGGCACAUUCUGCGUCGCCGACAUUGCCAGCAUGUGCAUCGCUCAGGUCUGGUCAGGCAGAGCCUCAUUGCCGCCGGCACGGCAGAUGCAACGCUGGAUGGACCGGCACGAGGAGAGGAUAUGCAGCCUUGCGCAGACGGGGCCUGUGCUUCCUGCGUCAUUGCCACAGGGCGAGUGGCUGGCAUGGGCGGAUAAAACAGCAGGCCUGGGUGCGGCAGAGCAUCUGGGCUGGGGUCUGAAAGGCUGGCUCUUUUGGUGGCGUGAGAGGAGGCUGUGGAAGAUGGUCAUGGACGGGCCUUUGACCGCUGCUUUAUGGCGGCUGUUUCCGGGACGGAGAAAGUGCUGGGACGGGGCGAGGGCACAGAUCGAGAGGAUUAAUGAAGAGGUGGAAAGAAAGCGAGAGCAAGCAUGGGAGCGGGAGUGGAAGGAAAGCUUAGACAUUGAUUCGAGCGGUUGA